CACAGCGCGGCCCGCACGUCCUGCGCCGCCCACUCGGCCGCCAGCUCCCGGCCCAGCGCCACCAGCGCCCGCCACGGCGACUGCCAGACCCCCGCCACCGCCGCCAUGGCUGCGCCGGCCGCCGCCGGGCCUUCCGGGCGGGAGGGGCCUCCCCGGCAAGCGGCGCCUUCGGCCACGGGCUCCUCCCGGAGGCGGGUGCUCAGGGGGGCGGGACCUGCCUUCCUUGUCCCCACCAUGGGCGGGGCCGCCAUGGCGGGCAGCGAGGAGGGGUUGUACUCCCGGCAGCUGUACGUGCUGGGCGGCGGGGCGCGGCGGCUGGCCGGGGCGCGGGUGCUGGUGUCCGGGCUGCGCGGGACCGGAGCGCAGGUGGCGGCGGCGCUGGUGUUAGCCGGGACCGGGAGCGUCGUCCUGCACGAUCGCGGCACCGCCUGCACCGCCGAUCGCGCCCAGCAGUUCCUCCUGGAGGAGAGCGACGUGGGCCAGAACCGUGCCGAGGUGUCCCAGCGGGUCCUGGCCGAGCUGAACCCCCGCGUGGUGGUGGCAGCUCACACCGGGGAGCUGUCAGAGGCCUUCCUCGCCUCCUUCCAGGUGGUGGUGCUGACUGAGUCCCCGCUGGAGGAGCAGCUCCGCAUUGGGGACUUCUGCCAUGACCGGGGCAUCUGCUUCAUUGUGGCCGACACCAAAGGGCUGGCAGGGCAGCUGUUCUGUGACUUUGGGAAGCGAUUUGUCGUUGACGAACCGGCAGAAGGGGAGCCGGUGUGUGCCGUCGUGCAGGACAUCUCCCAGGGCAACCCGGGUGUGGUGACGUACGUGGGGACAGAGGACAGCCAUGGCUACCCCUUUUGUGACGGUGACCUGGUGACGUUUUCUGGUGUGGAGGGGAUGACGGAGCUGAACAACCGGGAGCCCAUCCCCGUCCGUGUGCUGGAUGCCUUCAAGCUGGAGAUCGGCGACACCAGCUCCUUCUCGCCCUACCGCCGUGGGGGCCUGGUCUCGCAGGUGUGGCUACGCCAGGAGCACUCCUAUGAGCCCCUGCGCCAGGCACUGGUAGAUCCCAAGAUCCAAGCGACGAAUUCCAAGGAACUGCUGCGCAGCCGCAGCCUGCACGCCGCCUUCCAGGCCCUGCACGCUUUCCGGGGAGAGCGGGGCCACCUGCCCCGGCCCAGGGUGUCGGUGGACGCCGAGCGGGUGCUGGAGCUGGCGCGGAGCCUGGGGGCGCAGCAGGGUCCCCUGGAUGAGGAUGUCGUGCGAGCCUUUGCCAGCGUGAGCGCGGGGGACCUGUGCCCCAUGGCUUCCGUCCUGGGGGCCAUGGUGGCCCAGGAGGUGCUAAAGGCCAUCACCAGGAAGUUCCUGCCCCUGGACCAGUGGUUUUACUUCGAUGCCCUGGAGUGCCUGGCGCUGGAGGGAGCCGAGCGGCUGACGGAGGAGGACUGUGCCCCGAGGGGCUCUCGCUACGAUGGGCAGAUCGCCGUCUUUGGGGCCGACUUCCAGGAGCAGCUGGGCCGCCAGAAGUACUUUGUGGUGGGAGCCGGCGCCAUCGGCUGCGAGCUGCUGAAAAACUUUGCCAUGAUGGGGCUGGCGGCGGGGCCGGGUGGGGACCUCACCGUCACCGACAUGGACACCGUCGCCCUCUCCAACCUCCAUCGGCAGCUCCUCUACCGCACGGCAGAUGUAUCGAAGCCGAAGUCGGUGGUGGCCGCGGCAGCCGUGCGGCGCAUGAACCCCAGUGUCAGGGUGGUGGCUCACCAGAACCAGGUGGGACCUGCCACCGAGCUGCUCUAUGGGGACGACUUCUUCCGGCGCCUGGAUGGUGUCGCCAGCGCCCUGGACACGCUGGAGGCCCGUGCCUACUUGGAGAGCCGCUGCUUACGCUGCCACACGCCACUGCUGGACUCGGGCACGGAGGGGCCGCGGGGAAAUGUGCUGCCCAUGGUGCCUUCCCUGACGGAGCCACUGCGGCCGGGGGACAUGUCCAGGGAUGGCACCUUCCCCCUCUGCACCCUGCGGUACUUCCCCCGCACCAUCCAGCACACGCUGCAGUGGGCUCGCGAUGAGUUUGAGGGGCUUUUCCAGCUGCCUGCAGAGCGUGUCAACCGGUUCAUGGAAGAUCCGGCUUUUCUGGACCAGCUGCCAGCAGGUCUGGAGGCUCUGGAGGUCCUGGAGCAAGUGCAGGGGAGCCUGCGGGAGCGGCCGCGGGACUGGCAGGACUGCCUGCGCUGGGCCCGACGGCACUGGCAGAGCUGCUACCACGACGACAUCGCCCAGCUGCUGCACAACUGCCCCCCAGAGCACGAAACCAGCCCGGGUGUCCCCUUCUGGUCGGGGGACAAGAGCUGUCCCCAUCCGCUGACAUUCGACCCUGAUAACGACACCCACCUGGAAUACAUCCUGGCUGCUGCCCGUCUCUUUGCCCAAGCGCACAAGGUGCCACCAUGCAACGACCGAGCGGCUGUCCAGGCCAUCCUCCGCAACGUGGUCCUGCCACCCUUCAUGCCCCAGGAUGGGCUCCGGAUCCCGCUCACAGAGGAGCAGGAAGAGGCACAGGUGCCUGUAGACAGCGGGCGGCUGGCGGAGCUCACCCAGGACCUGGUGCAGCGGAGGCAGGAGCUGACUGGGGGCGAGGAGGUGCAAGUGCCCCUGAUGGAGCCCAUCCACUUCGAGAAGGACGACAACAUCCACGUGGACUUUAUCACAGCAGCAUCCAACCUGCGCGCGGAGAACUAUGGCAUCCCCCCUGCUGACUGGCUGACGAGCAAGCGGAUCGCUGGGCGCAUCGUGCCCGCCAUCAUCACCACCACAGCGGCUGUGGCCGGGCUGGCGUGCCUGGAGAUCUACAAACUGGUGUGGGGGUGCCGGGACCUCAGCUGCUACCGCAAGAGCAACCUCCGGCUGUCUGACUGCUGGCUGCUCCGCACGCAUCCCCCGCCACCCCCCACCUACCAGUAUGGCGGGCAGGAGUGGAGCUGCUGGGACCGUCUGGAGAUGCAGGCGGUCGGCGCAGACGGGCAGGAGAUGACGGUGCAGGAGGUGCUGGACUGGAUGCAGAGCACGCAUGGCUGGACCGUGACCAUGCUCCUGCACGGCUACACCAUGCUCUACGACAGGGGUGGGGACGAGGAGACACGGGCCCGGCAGCUGGCACAGAGGUUAUCAGCGAGCCUGGAGGAUGCUGGGGAGCCAAGGCGGCGGGAGCUGCAGCUGACCUACGUGUGUGAGGGAGAAGAUCCUGAGGCUGAAGAUGCCCGACCCCCCCUCCUCUGCUCCCUCCCCUGAGUGACCCCCCCCCCCCCCCGCCAUGCAAUAAAAACAGCUGAGCUCUGGUGCGUUGGCCCUCGUCGCAAAAAUAAACCAACCUUGCUUGCCCCUG